UGUGCAGCCCGGAUGCCCAGUGUCCGCCUUGGCGUUGGUCUCCUGGCGACCUUGGCAGCGGGCGGCGCCAUCGUCCUGCUCGGCUACUGCGUCUACGUGGACUGGAGGCAGCACCGAGAACUCAUAUUCCGCCGCCGCCUGCGGGACAAGAGAAGAGCUGGACAGCCGAACGCCCAGGCGUCUGCCAGGCAGUUAUGGGAUCCAGUAAAGAAGAAAAAUCUACAAGAAUUUUUUUUGCAAGAGGUGCAGAUGGGAAAACUUUGUUUAGCUAGAGGGGAGCAUGGAAUGGCGUUUGAACAUCUCACCAAUGCCCUUUUAGUGUGUGGACAACCGAAGGAGCUACUGAUGUUUUUCAAAAAAACACUCCCUCCUGAGGUUUUUCAGAUGCUAUUGUACAAAAUUCCUCUUAUUUGCCAGCAACUUGAGGCAGACAUGUAUGAACAAGAAGUACCUGAAGGACGAUCCUGACAGAAAAUGUCUCAGCGCAUCCACACCCAGUCAGAAUACCAUGUUCUGUACAGUAAAAACAACUGCUCAAUGAUAUUUUCAUUUAUUUUACUUUUAGUAAUAAAUUUUUUCUAUCUCAUA